AUGGCCAAGAGGAGAACCAAGAAGCGCACCCAUGUGGGCGCCAGCAACCCCGAGUCCAAGGCCACCUCGCUCGGCCAUGCCUCCACCCGGGACCCCAAGAGCAUGGUCAUCCGCAUCGGCGCCGGCGAGGUCGGCUCCAACGUCAGCCAGCUGGCCAAGGACGUGCGCCAGGUCAUGGAGCCCGGCACCGCCUCCCGCCUCAAGGAGCGCCGCGCCAACCGCCUCCGCGACUACGUGACCAUGACCGGGCCCCUCGGCGUCACCCACCUGCUGCUCUUCUCCCGCUCCGAGUCGGGCAACACCAACCUGCGCGUCGCCCUCGCCCCCCGCGGCCCGACCCUGCACUUCCGCGUCGAGAAGUACUCCCUCUGCAAGGACGUCCGCCGCGCCCAGCGCCACCCCCGCGGCGGCGGCAACGAGUACAUCACGCCCCCGCUGCUCGUCAUGAACAACUUCUCCUCCCCGGACGCCGACGCCAACUCAAAGGUCCCCAAGCACCUCGAGUCCCUCACCACCACCGUCUUCCAGUCGCUGUUCCCCCCCAUCAACCCCCAGAAGACGCCCCUCAAGUCCAUCCGCCGCGUCCUGCUGCUCAACCGGGAGCCCGCCAAGGACAAGGACGACGGCAGCUUCGUGCUCAACUUCAGACACUAUGCCAUCACCACCAAGGCCGCCGGCGUUUCCAAGCCCCUGCGGAGGCUGAACGCCGCCGAGCGGCUGCUGAACACCAAGAAGACGAGGAAGGGCGGCGUCCCCAACCUCGGCAAGCUGGAGGAUAUUGCCGACUACAUGAUCGGCGGCGACAACGGCGACGGCUACAUGACCGACGGCACCAGCGGCAGCGAGAUGGACACUGACGCUGAGGUCGAGGUUCUGGACAACGCCCCCAGGAAGGUUUUGUCACAAAAGGCGCGCGCGGCCGCCCUGGAGAACGGCGCCGGCGCCGGCGACAACAACGACAAGGUUGAGCGGAGGGCAGUCAAGCUCGUCGAGCUGGGCCCGCGCAUGAGGCUUCGCAUGACCAAGGUCGAGGAGGGCAUCUGCAGCGGCAGGGUCAUGUGGCACGAGCACAUUCACAAGUCCAAGCAGGAGAUCCAGGAGCUGGAGAGGCGGUGGGAAGAAAAGAGAAAAGAGAAGGAGGCCAGGCGGAAACAGCAGAAGGAGAACGUCGAGAGGAAGAAGAAAGAGAAGCCUUCCAGGGGUGCCAACAAGGGCGACGGCGACGACGAAGAGGAUGACGAGAUGGACUAUGACGGCUAUGGCAGUGACCUCUAUGACGAACUCAUGGACGAAGACGAGGUCGACAGCGAGGGCCUGGCGGGCGAUGCCGAGGAGGCGGUCAAUGCCGCGAAUGAGGAUGGGGAUUGGGAGGACGAUGAGUAA